UAGGAGAACACUUUUUGGUUCUUCUGUGGAAGGUUCUUCAAAGGGUUUUCUUAUGUGGCCAGCCUUUCAGGCUCUAGAUAGCACCUUUUUUUCUAAGAGUGUUGAUAUAAAUCUGGCAAGGUUCAAGACAAUUGAGCUGACACACUAUAGGAUUUUGUUCUCCCUUCUUCUUCUGGGCCCGUUGGCUGUGACUAUGAUAGGGGAACUUACAGCUCAAAACUGUAUUCUGUAGAUAUUCUCUGAGUGUAUAUUACAGGCAGCUCUGCUAAGUUCUUUGCCUCUUCAUCCAUCCAUCCAUUUGUCCAACCUCAGGAGAAAGACUGUCUGGUGUGGUGUGUUCUCAAUGAUUAUGUUGGGAUGAUUCUGUGGAUGAUACUGUGGGUUCUGGGUGGUUGAUUUAUAGUAGCAGUCAGACUGUGUGACAGUAACAAGGUGUUGUUGGAGAAGAGCUAUUUGGUGAGGAGCUAACUCUUUCUCUCUGCCCAAAUGGUUAUCCACUGUCCUUACAAUGCUGCCUCUGCGAGAGGGGGUAGAGGGAUUACACUGGAAUGUUUUGGAGAUUCCUGGGAGAGCAAUACCGAGAGAGAGUUUAGCGUUCUGUUCACAGAUCUCUGAGGAAAAUGGCUGUUUAAUACACUAAGACCCAAAUUUUGUUUUUAGUUUUCAUAUGGGAAACCACACAUGGAAACACUAAUACAGACAGUAUAUCACCUCAGCUGCAUGUGAGGAAUAUGUGUUAUUAUGUCUCACUGUGGAUUGAUGAAAUAUAUUUAUUGAGCACUGUUUUGUUCAAACCUGUGGGUUCCCUACUGUACAAUGAAUCCCACAGGUCCUGUGUAUCACGUGUGUACUGGUAUGUAACAAGUAUAUUACACUGGCGCUCUUUGGCCAUCCCUCUCCCACGUCAGUGUGUUUAGAAUGGCUUGAUGGGCUGCUUUACAAACCCUGUGCAUGACUCACCACAGCGCAGAGGGAAAAUAAUACUGUGGCUACCCCACUUUCCAACCAAGGUUUAUGAACACUGAAAGCGUAAGCUGAAGAUAUACAGCAACUUUUGGCAGGUGCCAGAGCCAAGCUGGGGGCCAUAGAGAGCCAGACAGACAGUCCUGAUGGCAGAAACCUGGAAGGCAGUCUGCUCUGAACACGUGCUCUAGGAGCCCGCCCCGCCAGGGGCCACACUUCACGCGGAAACACUGCACAGGUGUGUGUGUCCAUGAGGUCGUCCAUGCUGGUCCUGCUCCUCAUGGUCAGUGCCCAGGCAGUGGCCACCAUGGGAGGGGACUUCUGCCCCCCGGUCUCCGCUCAGCAGCAAGGCCCUGCCCCCAAAAGGACCCCUAACUCUGCCCCCACUGUGGAUCCCAAACUGUUCACCAAGCGACGCUACCGCUCGCCCCGCGUUCUCUUCAGUGCCCAGCCGCCCGACACUGAGCCCACGGGACGCCAGGGGUCCGGGACCAGCAGGGCAAGGCGCAGGGUUGGUCAGCCGAAGCACCGGGGGGUGUACUCUGUGUGUGAGAGCAUCAGCGUCUGGGUAGGCAACAAGACCAAGGCCACGGAUAUAUCUGGCAACGAGGUGGAGGUGCUCCCGGACGUGAACAUUAACAACGUGAAGAAGAAGCAGUACUUUUUUGAGACCACGUGCCGUGGCGCGCGGGGAGGCAGCACUGGCUGCCUGGGCAUUGAUGGGCGACACUGGAACUCCUACUGCACCAACUCGCACACCUUUGUGCGGGCGCUGACUUCCUUCAAAAACCUGGUGGCCUGGAGACUGAUCCGCAUCAACGUGGCGUGUGUCUGUGUGCUUAGCCGAAAGUCCUGGCGACAGUGACCGUACUCUCACUGGUCAUGUGGUCACUUCAGUACUGACGACAGGACCACUAGGUAAUAUCAUCGGGUCACUGCAAUACUGCAGUCCCAACCCCCCACCACCUACCCACUGGAGUGCUCUGAGACUCUGCCCCACUACAGCCCUCACCUAGCCGUCUGCACAAAGUAAAUUAUUGAUUAUGAGGACUGCAAGUAUAUAAACCAACCAUUUCUUUAUCACUUGUUGUUGUUGUUGUUGUUUUGUUGUUGAUAUUGUUAUUUAUUAAACACCUCAGUACAUGCA